CAUUUGUAGGAAGAAAGAAUCCCUGAGUUUCACUUCGAAUUAAGAUGGGAUCUGUUACGAAAGAAGAAUUGGAAAAUUUGGCUGUAAACUUGAAGAAAGUUCAAGAUAAAUUCCUUAACGACUGGACUGGGGAAACGUUUCGAAAAGCUCGUUUAGAAGACAAAGAGGAUCAUGAAAACAUUCUAACAAAGGGGAAAGAAGAGAUGAGGCAUCUGGAAGAGACAAUCAAUCAAUAUCAUUUUCAGAGUGAAAAGAAUUUAGAAGUCCUACGGCAGAGGGCUGAAGAAGUUGCCAAACUGGAACGAGAGCUCCGAGAAUUACAGAUUUCAGCGGAACGUUUGGUAGAACAAAGGAAUCAAAACCAAAAACAUUUCGAAGAAACCGAGAGUCAACUUCGCAAACGUCAAGAAGAAAUAUCUGCUAAGGAGCAGAGCACCUCGUACAAGAUUAAACAGUUUACCAAAGGGACCGAGUACUUCAAAGAAAGACUGGGGUUAUCCUUCAAGAAGGUGGAUGAGGAACAUUUACAGUUUGUGUUCAAGUACAUAGACCCAAAAGAUGAGGAUAAGCCCUUUGUUUUCACUGUGGCCAUCACUAGCCAGGACAAGUACAAAGUGAAGGAUUGCAUACCAGAGGUUAAAGGACUAAGUGAGAUGGUGGAAAAGCUGAACAGUACAAAUAACUUCUCUGCAUUUGUUGUUGCCAUGAGGGGAAAGUUCAAAGAUUUGGUAGAAAAAGAAAAUUAGAUGGAUACAAUCAGUACUCAAAAGAAGAUAUGUAAAUAAACAUUACACUGUAGGAUUUUGCCCUAAGAGUGUACAAUGGAAGACAAGCUUUUUAGUACAUGACUGUUUAAUUAAUACACAGAGUGAAACAAUGUCACAUGAUUCAAUGACCAGCUCAGGAAUUCUCAUUGGAAAUUUGCAUAUUAGAUUUCCUGACUUGAAAAAGAUGUUUGAAAUAGAGGUCAAGUCUGUAGGAGACCGAAAAAUCACUAGUAAAGAGUUUUUCCUUUCCAUAAAAAUAUUCUUUAUACUUUGUUCUAAAUACAAAGACUUUCUUGAAUUUGAGAAUUCAUAAUAGGAGAAAUGUUGGAAGAAGGUUUACAAUGGAAUCCAGUUCCAAGGAUUUAGCUGUGUCUGUUACCAUGUGUUGUUGUCACAUUUCAGGUCUGGCAAAAGCAAACAAAGGAAAUUGUAGGGACAAAGAAAAACCUUAAAUUUUGCAUCUAAAAUUAAUGGUUUUAAAAAUGUUGUUGACUUCUAAGAUUAAAUAAUAGGAAAAAA